UUCGUAACAUAAAUGUGAAUUUAAAUGGCCGUGAAAUAUAGUAUCCUUUACUUUACUUAACAAACAACAGACCAACGGAAUCUGUGAGCAAUGCUGGUUUAUUACACGCAGCUCAGACUGCUCUAAACCAGUUGUAACGGAGGGGGGCGCGUGAGUGCCACCAUGGCUGCUGCUCAGACUCGAGCUCUCGUGGCAGCGCGAUGGCUCGCGGAUGCUGUCAAAAGCAACCGAGUGGGACCAAACCUGCGAAUAUUAGACGCGUCAUGGUAUUUAUCUAAAUUGAAUCGCAAUGCCAAGGACGAAUUUAAACAAGCUCACAUUCCCGGAGCCUCGUUUUUCGACAUCGACGAGUGCUGUGACAAAAGCUCGGAGUUUGAUCACAUGCUGCCCAGCAAGGGCGAGUUUGCAGACUACGUGGGUAAUUUGGGAAUAGGUAACAACACUCAUGUCGUCGUUUACGACGCGAGCGAUUUCGGCUCGUUCUCUGCGCCACGGGUAUGGUGGAUGUUUAGGGUGUUUGGUCACAAUUCGGUUUCAGUUCUGGACGGUGGGUUCAAGACCUGGCUCCGAGAGGGUCAUCCCGUUACCGAGCAGUACACAAACCCACAACGCACCGAGUUUAAAGCGACCUUUAAAGGUUCCUGGGUGAAAACUUACGAAGACGUUUUGGAGAACACAAAAACAAAGGAGGUUCAAGUGGUCGACGCUAGAGCCAACGGAAGGUUUCGUGGGGUUGAACCAGAGCCAAGGGCAAACAUUGAACCUGGGCAUAUCCCUGGCUCUAUCAACAUGCCUUUUGCCAGCUUCAUGGACAAGACAACAUGUUUGGAACUUCCUGUGGAGGAACUUUCCAAGCUUUUCCUGCAGGCUGGAGUUGACAUGCAGAAGCCAUUCUGGGUCACCUGUGGCUCGGGUGUAACUGCCUGUCACAUCGCCCUCGCCGCUCAUCUGUGCGGUCAUCUGGACGUGUGCCUGUACGACGGAGCGUGGAAUCAGUGGUUCACCAAGGCUGCUCCUGAACAUGUGAUCUCUGAGGGAAAAGGAAAACAGCCAUGAGGAAUAGCCGGGAUUUCUAAUAGAACCAUAACCUUUUUGUUUAAGGCUUCAUUUUGCAUAAUGAUAAAAGGUCAUUAGGUUGCACCACAUUGUCAACUGCUCUAUACAUGUUGAAUAUUCAUUGAAUGUCAUAACAGAUAUUUAGAAUUAAAAACACAAUUUUACUGAAUUCACAUGCUAUUAAAUGAUAUUUAUAUGACCGGACUACAAUGCUUCCGAACUUAAAAGUGCACAGCCAUCCAGAGAAAUAAGGGACAAUGUAAUUAACUUUCUUUGAAAAGUUCUUCUGUUCUUUCUAUACCAGAGUCUAAUAAAUGGUGUUUUCAAUGCA